AUGUCGCUUCACGUUCGAGCAGACGCAAGCGAGAAUGGCAUUGAGCCUCCGCUUUCUCAAGCCGUCGGCUAUGUCGUCGUUAUCGCGAUUGGAUUCCUUAUCGCGUUUAUCAUGAUGUUUUUGACGCAUAUCUUGAAGAAGACUGUUGGUGAAGAUAACAGGACGACAGAGAUGUUCAUGACAGCCAAUCGAAGUGUUGGCACCGGUUUGACUUCGUCUGCUGUUAUUUCAUCGUGGCUUUGGAGUACUGCUAUGCUUGGAAGUACUCUUGUUGGAUACAACUUUGGUGUUGCUGGGCCGUUCUGGUUUGCAGCUGGAUGCUCGCCCAUGAUCGUCUUCUUCGCUCUACUUGGCAUCUCUUGUAAACUCAGAGUACCCGAAGCGCAUACACUGCUCGAGAUUGUCCGUAUACGAUAUGGAACUUCGGGUCAUAUUGUUUGGAUUGGUCUUUGCCUCAUCAACAACAUCAUCGCUAUCGCAAACAUGUUGUUGGGUGCAAGUGCUGCUAUAUCCGCGCUAUCCGGCAUUCAUAUCAUCGCCGCUACCUUCUUGUUACCCGUUGGCGUGGUGCUAUAUACCUUCGUCGGCGGCAUCAAAGCGACCUUCCUGACUGAUUACUUCCAUACCUUUGUCAUUACGAUCAUCAUAUGUUUCUUCACCAUCAAGGCAUUCCUUGUCCCCGAGAUUGGAUCACCUGGCGGUCUCUAUGAUCUGAUCGUUCAGGUUGGAAAAGACCAUCCCGUUGCUGGUAACCAUGAUGGAUCUUUCUUGACAAUGACUAGCAAAGACGCUAUAUACUUUGGUAUCAUCCACGUUCUGGCCAACUUUGGUUUGGUCAUCAUGGACACUGGCUUCUUCGCCAAAGCCUUCAGUGCUGCACCUCAGGCUGUUGUCCCAGGGUACAUCAUUGGCGGCAUCGCCUAUUUUGCCAUCCCCUGGUGUCUCGGCACCUUGAUGAGUUUUUCUGCUCUCGCCCUUGAGGAUACCCCACGAUUCCCUACAUACCCUCGUCGCAUGUCUUCAGUGGAGAUCUCGAACGGUCUCGUGCUGCCCUAUGCCGCGAUCGCAAUCGCCGGCAAAGGCGGUGCUGCUGCCGUUUUGUUGAUCACCUUCAUGGCGGUCACUUCAACCAUCAGUGCCCAAGUCAUCUCCGUGUCAUCUAUCAUCAGCUUCGACAUCUAUCGCCAGUACUUCAACCGUGGUGCAACUGAUCGUGACGCCAUUCGGUGGAGCCAUAUCGGCGUCGUCUUCUUCGGCCUGUUCUCUGCUGCCUUCUCGACUGCUCUAUACUACGGCAAAGUAGAUCUCGGAUGGACUCUCUACAUGCUGGGUGUUUUGACAUGCCCUGGCAUCUUCCCAACCGUCUUCACGAUCUUGUGGAGAAAACAGUCAAAGAUUGCUGCUAUCGUCUCACCUCUGCUAGGCAUGGCGACUGGCAUCGCUGUUUGGCUUGGCUCAGCGUCGUCACUGUACGGUGAAGUCACAGUUGCAUCCACUGGAAAGUCUCUCCCAUGCGUUUACGGAACUGUCGCUUCGGCUUUGAGCCCAGCUCUUUACUCAGUCGUGAUCUCGCUCAUCAAGCCUGCCAACUACCAAUGGGCUGAUUUCAGAAACGAGCGUCUUGCGUUCGACCAGGUUGGUUCAACGAAGGAAGAGGUGAGAACGCACGAAGAAAAGGUGACGAGCUACACCGCCGAUAAGGCCAAGCUCAAGCAUUGGGGGACUCUUGCGGCGAUUUGGUCUGCGGUUACAUUCUUGGGGCAUUGGGUUCUUUGGCCACUUCCGAUGUACGCAGCCAAGUACGUCUUCGGAAAGACAUUCUUCGUCGCUUGGAUUGUAAUUGCCAUCAUUUGGGUAUGGGGGACCAUGUUCGUCGCAGGCUUCUACCCCAUCAUUGAUGGUUGGCCUCAAUUGAAGACAGUUUAUCGGGGCUUGAGGGGCCAUGGCCCAGUUGAAGGUGAACCCGAAGAAGUCCAGAAUGCCCAAAGUGAUUCCUCCAUUACGGAGAGGGAUGAGAAGGGGAACCAAGGGGUCCUGGCAUGA